AUGUUUGUUUUUGAUUUACGUUCAUCUUCAAAGGUUACAUCAGAGGAAGAUAUUACUUCUGCCCUAGAAUUGACAAAGAAACGGUUUUCGUCAGUCAACGCCCUCAUCAACUGUGCCGGAAUAGGAAUCACUCGGAAAACUAUCAACAUAGUUUCAAAAACUGCUCAUGACCUCAAGGAAUUUGAAAGAGUGUUCAAAGUAAAUACGUUUGGCACCUUCAACGCAAUCCGUCUUGCCGCUUUGCAUAUGACGGAGAAUGAACCAGACGAAGAUGGUCAGCGUGGAGUGAUUGUAAACACCGCAAGUGUAGCUGCAUUUGAUGGCCAGGUUGGUCAGGCGGCCUAUGCAGCGAGCAAGGGUGCCAUCGUGGGAAUGACUCUUCCGAUUGCGCGUGAUCUUUCCCGACACGGAAUUCGUGUGGUCACAAUUGCUCCAGGUACUAUCUUAUCAGUUGUCUUUUUUAUAGGCCCAUACUAG